AUGGCUGAAAGUGAGGAUGAGGGGACCAACGGAUCGACAGAUACGACUCCGAGAAAUUUGGAUGUUCCAUUUGCGAAAAGAAAAACGCUACGCUCGUCAAUCAUCAAACAUGGUGGACGAGCAAAGUCACCAGCAGGAACUGGCGGACGGAAAACCGUCUCAUUUUCGUCGAAAAAUAGUGAUGCCAAAAUUUCGAAUGUAAGCGACUGUUGGAAUUAUAUGCAAACUGGGUCGGAUUUUGUCAAACUACGCGGUACAAAUCGCCAAUUUCGACGAUUUUUCAGUCUGGACGCCGAUUUGUCCUAUAUUCGAUGGACACCAACCAACAAGAAGCCUCACAAAGCGAGAAUUGCUAUUGACGAUAUCCGGGAAAUUCGACUUGGAAAAAACACGGAACUCCUACGCUCGUCGGAUGAGGUCUUCUCGGAUUUGCAGGAAGAAUGCCUAUUUUCCAUAAUCUACGGUGAUAAUUAUGAGACACUAGACUUAAUCGCUUCGUCUGGAGAUGAUGCGAACAUUUGGGUGACUGGGCUAAUGGCACUGACAUCGAAUAAAUGUGAGCAAUUUUUUCAGAAUAUUCUUUAUUGA